AUGUGCUCUAUAAUUUCUUUUAAUUCAAAUUGCGGGAUUAUUUUCCUAUUUUAUCUGUUGGCGGUCAGUAUUUUGUUUUUAUGUUUGUCUCUAGGUGACAUCGGCAACUACUACUAUGGACAGGGGCAUCCAAUGAAGCCACAUCGCAUUCGAAUGACGCACAAUCUUCUAUUAAACUACGGUCUUUAUCGAAAAAUGGAAGUAUACCGACCAUCAAAGGCUGGCUAUGAUGAUAUGACUAAAUUUCACAGUGACGAAUAUAUCAAGUUCCUUCAGAGCAUCCGUCCCGACAACAUGCUCGAUUAUACUAAACAGAUGCAAAGAUUUAAUGUCGGAGAAGAUUGCCCGGUUUUCGAUGGACUGUUCGAAUUCUGUCAGCUCUCUGCUGGAGGUUCAGUAGCAGGUGCAGUGAAACUCAACAAACAGCAAACAGACAUCGCGAUCAACUGGGGAGGUGGGCUUCAUCAUGCUAAAAAAUCCGAGGCUUCUGGUUUUUGCUAUGUCAACGAUAUUGUCAUGGGCAUUCUCGAGCUUCUUAAGUACCACCAGCGUGUCCUCUACGUAGAUAUCGAUAUUCAUCAUGGUGAUGGCGUCGAGGAGGCCUUUUAUACAACUGACCGAGUAAUGACCGUUAGUUUCCACAAGUAUGGUGAAUACUUCCCGGGUACCGGCGACCUCAAAGACAUCGGGGCCGGUCGCGGCAAACACUACGCCGUCAACUGUCCCCUCCGUGAUGGAAUGGACGAUGAGUGUUAUGAAAAGAUAUUUAAACCAGUUGUAUCCAAGGUGAUGGAGACGUUCCGGCCAGGGGCUGUUGUUUUACAGUGUGGAGCCGAUUCUCUGAGUGGCGACCGUCUUGGUUGCUUUAAUCUCAGUCUCCGGGGGCACGGGAAGUGUGUUGAGUUUCUGCGCUCCUUCCCAAUUCCGUUACUUAUGCUCGGAGGUGGUGGUUAUACAAUACGUAAUGUGGCUCGUUGUUGGACCUAUGAGACGUCUAUUGCACUCAACACUGAAGUCCCCAACGACCUCCCUUACAACGACUACUACGAGUACUUCGGACCUGAUUUUAAGCUUCACAUCAGUCCAAGUAAUAUGACAAACCUCAAUACCCCGGAGUAUAUUGAGCGAAUCAAAAACAAGCUCUUUGAGAACCUCCGAAUGCUUCCCCACGCGCCUAGUGUCCAGAUGAUUGAUGUACCUUCGGAUGCCAUGGAACUCGACGAACAGGAAAAGGAGGCCAUAGAAAAUGAGGAUCCAGAUAAGCGAAUCUCGAUCAUGGCCUCGGACAAGGCCAUCCAUCGCGACAACGAAUUCUACGACUCGGCAGAAGAGGAUGGAGUCGGGCUGCACGCGCAGCCUAGGGGCACUAAAAGCAGCAAAGACGUUCACUCGUUCCGCAAUCAACCGAAGCGCGCUCGAACGGAGGAAGCUGGCAAGGGUGACGCCCCGCAACCCGAAACCGUUAUAAAUAUUGAAGAUUCGGGGGAGUCAGACAAGCUCGAGCCCGGCGGCGACAAGGAGGUGACAGCAGCCACAGCAGUGUCGGAUUCGAAUACGGCAGCUUCUUAA